AUGGUUGCAAAUUCGCCAGAUUAUCAUUACGCGAAAGCCCCAACAACGGCAAUAUACGUCCACGAACUUUCUCACCCGAUUGAAUUACAUUUCUAUCAAUUUGACGAAAAGAAGAACCAUAAUGAACGACUUGCAAUUAUCGCCAAUGACCGACAAGGAGGUGUCAUAUCAGGCUCUCAGAUGAAGCACUCAAUUGCCCUGCUAUGUGGUUCGAUCAAAAUGGCCACGCACACAAUAGAAAGAGAACUUGCUUCAGAACUGCCAAAUCGCAUGGAUUUAUCCUGGGGCGUAUACACGAUUCUCGGCUAUGAACUUAGUGAAGUCACGAUUAUCUGUGAAGAGGCCGAGGAGGAUAGGUUGGAAAAAAGAAUGGGGAGGAUGGUUAGUAUGAGGUUAGGGCUGGAGGAGAAGGGGUGGGAAGAGUAUGGUGAUCUGAAGAGUAAGUGGGGUAAUUAUGGCGCGAAGUAG